AGCUCCGUUGUGUUUGUGUAACGGUCUGUAAAACCCUUCUGCUUCACAAUCCCCUCUCUCUCUCUCUCUCUCUCGUUCUAUCCAGGGUUUAUAAUUAAACCUCGGCUUCGAAUCGCCGACAAGCGUUCCUGUCUAUUGCUCAAUAUCCAAGUGGGCGAUGGAGAACGACAACGACGGCGACGCUUUGGUGGCCCAGAAGUUGAAUAAGCACAGGGGGAAGCACGACAAGCCGAAGCCAUGGGACGAAGACCCCAACAUCGACCACUGGAAGAUCGACAAGUUCGAACCCUCCUGGAAUGAAUCCGGUUUGCUCGAAGUCAGCUCCUUCUCCACGCUCUUCCCUCAAUACAGAGAAAAAUACUUGCAAGAGGUUUGGCCCAAUGUGAAAUCCGCUUUGAAAGAGUAUUGUAUUUCGUGUGAACUUAAUCUGAUUGAGGGUUUCAUGACAGUAUCAACAACCAGAAAGACUAGGGACCCAUAUAUUAUCGUUAAGGCUAGGGAACUUAUUAAGCUUUUGUCAAGAAGUGUUCCUGUUCAUCAGGCAAUAAAAAUUCUUGAUGAUGAAAUACAAUGUGACAUCAUCAAGAUUACCAACUUGGUCCGCAAUAAGGAGCGAUUUGUGAAACGAAGGCAACAUCUUGUUGGUCCUAAUUCUUCUACUUUAAAGGCACUCGAAAUACUGACUGGCUGCUAUAUUCUAGUUCAGGGCAAUACAGGUGCUAUGGGUUCAUUUAAAGGUUUGAAGCAAGUCAGGAGGAUUGUGGAAGACUGCAUACUAAAUAGAAUGCAUCCUGUAUACCAUAUCAAGGUUCUUAUGAUGAAGAAAGAACUUGAAAAGGAUCCUGCACUUGCACAUGAAAACUGGGAUAGGUUUCUUCCCAAAUUCAAGAAGAAAAAUGUUAAACAAAAGAAGGUUAAGACUAAAGAGAAGAAACCAUAUACGCCUUUCCCUCCUCCACAACAGCCUAGGAAGAUCGAUGAACAAUUGGCAAGUGGAGAAUUCUUCAUGUCUCAGAAAAAGAAAUCGGCGAAGAAGUGGCAAGAGAAGCAGGAGCAGCAGGCACAGAAAACCACAGAAAACAAAAGAAAAAGAGAAGCUGCAUUUAUUCCCCCGGAGGAGCCGAGAAUCCAGGAUACAAAAUCUGAGGAUGAUACCAAAUAUGUGGCGUCCAUAGCCAUGUCUCUAAAGGAAAAGGCUAAGGCGUUUGGAAAGCAAAAAUUGGUUGAGAAUAUCAAUGCUGAAGCUUAUAUUUCAGCAGCCGGCGAACCUUUUAAAAAGAAAUCCAAGCGCUGAGUCUUUAAAUGCUGAUGUGCUUAUGUGGCUGACAGUCUCGGUGUAGGGGCAUGACUGGUUACAGGAAAUUUUGAGAAAUUCUCGGAAAAGAUUUUAAGAUAUGUUUUUGAUCUUUCAUUGAGUUUUGUGUAAGUGGAUAAUAAAAAAUUAUAAAUUACUCCUUAAAAUACAAACAACCCCUAAAAUGGUA